AUGUCAAGAGCUGUGCGACGACCAACUUUUCGUGCAGGUCUACAUGCUGAGUAUAUACCUAAUUCUCCAUUAUCGUCUCAUUAUGUUCAAGUUAUUAGUAACAGACAUCAAUCGACAUUGACUGAAGUUCCAAAUUUUGUAAUAGUCGAAUCCAACGAUGAACUUCGUCAAGUACCAGAUAUUAACACCAAAUCUGAAAUAUUUUCUGAAGAAAUCGAGAAAACAAAAGAAAAAGACACUGAUCAAUCAUCACCAUAG